GAGUGUACGUGCCACACGGCAGAGGAGGGCGGCCGAGGAAACCUUCCUCGCGCCGCCCGUACGCCAGCAAGGCAUUCACUCUCGGGAGCUCGAGAAGAAAGGUGUUCAAAGCUAAACGGUGAUAAACAUGGCGUUGCGAGGAACUCUGGCCAGACUGCCUGCACUCAGGUCCUCGGUUCUGACCACAAGCCCAAGGAUCCUAGCGGUUCCUGCCAGGCAGACUCACAGCACGGAGGAACGGCUCCAGGUGGCCCCUGCUGUUGGAGAGGCUGUGUGUAGCAGUGCUAUUCCUGUUGGAAAAUUGGGACUGAGAGAUCACCAUAUCAACAGACUGGAGAAGUAUCUGCUGGUUUGGGGAGGGAAGUACAACUCCAUCGCAGACGUCCCUGAUCUGGUCAGCCAAGACACCCUGGAACGCGCCCGCAACAAGGCGAGAAUCAAGAUCAACAUCUGGAUGGGCGUGGCCACCCUGCUGGGCUGCAUGUACAUGAUCUGGUCGGGCAAGAAGGCCCACAGAGAGGGCCAGUCUCUGCUGGCCAUGAACGCGGAGUGGCACCGAAGGGUGAACGAGGAGGCGAGGCUGGCCAAGGAGAGAAAAAACCGGCUGGGGGACCUGGCGGAUCUGUAGGGAGGGAAUCUGUGCGUGCUGAGUGACGCUGUGGGUGAAGCUGGAGGGAUUGUUCGAUUUAUUUGUCUUGUGUGUGUCUUGAAAGGCCAAGAGAAGGAGUGGAGGAUAUGGAUCGGGUGCUGUGGGGUGUCAGGGAAAGGCAGAAAGGAAAAGCAAUGCGUUUUCCUUCUAUGUUCUUCAGAUAGCACUUUUCAGUAAUAGGGAAAGGUGUUUAUUUCUUGAACAAUCCUUGAGAUAUAGAGAUAGCGUUUGAACCAUGCUUCGCAUGGGUCAUCAUAUGGCAAUACCCAUGGCAAAACUAGGUUUGUACGCUGUGUAAUGAGUGUUCACCUUUUAUUUUAGUAUUUAUUUUUUAUAAAUACUUUGUCAAGUGUCUGAAUAUUCACUGGAACAAUGUCAGUGGAGAUCCACAAUUCAGCAACCCAGUAACCUCGUUAUAACAGUGACGUCCUUACAAAUCCCCCGAGAGAUGUACCGCGAUGAGCAUGCCGUUCUGGGAGGCAGAGCUCAUGCUUUUCGAAGCAAUAGUACAAUGUAGGAAAGUGUGAGGGCUUUUAAUGGGGUUCCACGUGUGCAUCUCAGACGCCCAUUGCUGCAGCCCAUCACUCCCGAGAGGCUGCCCGGGGUGCUGGUUCUCACACUUCAAUCUGUGGCGGGAAUCUGGCAUCAGUGUGAGCGCUUCUGCAUGCAGCUGAGACGCAGGGAAGUGUGCUCUCGGCUGUUGCUUGUCGCCGAGCAAAAGGAUUCUUCCGAGACGUUUAGCACUCGGUUCUUCUGACUCCCAGACGGUGUUCAUUAACAAUUAACAAUUUGUCUUGUGCUAUUUUGCUUAAAUAGCAAAGAUGUAAUGAAUGAAGUCUCUGUGAAUAGGCGUUGAACGAGCAGUUUUUCAAAAAGAAGAGAGAGAAAGUCAUGAUAUCAGUGCAAUUAGACAUUGAUCGUGGCUGAUAGAAUUUCGUGAUAUUCAUUUCAUUUCUUAAAUCCUCGCUUCUUUACCCGUGAAUGAAUGGUCUUCCACAUGAUUAGUAAAACGGUUAAGUACACUGAAAUUUUAAAAAGGUAUUUUUCGUACUAAUGGCCUGUAAUUAUGUAGAGAAUAUUCCUUAUGGUUAUCCAAUAAAAGUAACAAUAUUUUGAUGACCAAAAGUUAAGGAACAAUAAUUUCUAGGUUAUGUUAAAAGUACUUUUUCAUGAUGAUUCAGUAUCAGUGUAUUUUGGAAAAUAUUGUGAUAAUAUUUUAUCCAGAGUAAGAAAAAAAACAUUGAAAAUAGACAGCUUUUUCAUAGAUAUCAGACAGCUUUCCUGUAUUGUAACGAAUUGUAGAGCUUUGAAUUACAAUCCAUAUAUUUUUAUAGUGUGUAUUAUCGCGUUAUAACAUUGAUCUCCUUAAGGUGAAUCUGAUGACAAUAAUAAACCAUCGUCGUUUUAUAAGCAAAAUAAACACCUUUUUAUAA